CUUGUAACACGCAGUUCUCGAAUAGAACGUAAUCGCAUUCCGUUCAAAUAAAAAUCAACUUGAAAGCAACAGCGAGCAAAUUUUUCUUGCACCUGGUCUUGCAAAUUUAAACGUUAUUACUUGUAAUGAUACUACGAUAGUCAUUUAGAUAUCAGUGUACAUUGAAGCAAUUUGCAAAGUUUGUGCGGACGUUAACUUCGUUGCAACAAAAGACGGUCAGGGUUGAUAUCUUGGUGAACAGCAGCGAGUGAUUUCUGUCUUGCAAUCGAAACUUUGUAACUUCGAAAGUUGGUGACUAGUGAACAAGCUGAGUGUUGAAUAGGCAUUUUGGCGGGUCUUAAAUACAUAUAUCGAGGCUGCAACAAGUAAAUCCGGUGAAAAUGAAGAAGACGAAAGAUCUUCAAUUACUUGCGACGUUUCUUCUAUUGGUGUUUUUCGUAUCACCAUCAUUUACUUGGGCUCUUACGACAUUCGGCAAACCCAGCGCAACGCAGAACCAAAAUUCUCCACCACCGCCUACGCCAGUCGGGAAAGCUCGAGAAUGUAAAUUGGAGUCUGAUUGCGCUGGAAUCCAAAAUACAACAUGUAUGUCGGAUCAUCGUGACGGAAGAACACGUUGUCUUUGUGGAGACUAUUCCGCUCCUCUUAAUGGCGCGUGUACCAAUAAAUUCAAAGCGUUACAUACUUCGUGUAACGAUGAUUCUGAAUGCAUUGAGGGUGCACAUUGCAUACAACGGAACAAUACCAUGUCCGGAAAACGUUGCUAUUGCCAAGAAGGAUAUACCGAAGAGGGUGUGUUAUUUUGCAAUGGUAGCUCAUCCGUCCACAUAUUUCACACAACACUUCUGUUACUUACAUUGAGUAUUAUAAAACAAAACUUCUGUUAAUUUGAAUAUUGCAAGACGAACCUUAUAAAUUCUUCAAAAUUUUAAACCUGCUAAAACAUUGCUGAAACUCUAAACUAUGAAUCAACCAAAAAUACCAUAUUGUGUAGAGUUAGAAAAUAGUCUUAAGUUUACCGCAAUUACAGUACAAAUUUUAAAUGUGUUUCAUAACUACUAUUGGGUUUAAUAACUGUACUUGGAAAGUAAUAAAUUACUUAUACGCGACAUAACUUUAAAAAAUAUAUUAUAUUUUCAUUGCAAGUAAUUAUGUUUAAAAAUACAUCUUUCGUGUAUUUAAAAUAAAUACUGGUUACGUAUAUUUAAAAUAUUUUAUUGUAUUUUUGGAUAAUUCAUUUUAUGAAAAAAUAUGUGCAACAUCAAUAGGUACAAAACAUAAUAUAUUCUAAUUCUUAAUUGUCCUAUAAACUUCGUUAUGAUUAUGGUAUGUUUCAGUUGUCACUACAUUUUCUAAUUAAUAGUAAUGCAAUUUAGUAACAUAUGUAUUAUCAUAAUUCAAAUACUUAAUUUUUUAAAAUAUACGUAUUUCAUAUUUAAUGUUGACAAUCUCUCAUAGAUUUGUUUUGUACUAUUAAGAAUUAAAUUUUAUUCCAUAGUGCAAACGUCUAUUAUACGGUAUAUUAAGAUACUUAAAGAUAAUUAAAAUAUUUCAAUAACAUAUCGUUAUUUAAGUAUGAAUAUGUAACGAAUCCUUCACUUAAGAGCAAUUUUUUCGUAAAACUUUGUAGUAGGGUUUUGUAAAAUGUUUUACCUACAUUUUAUCGUAAUUUCAAUCUCUGUAUUGUAUGUCUAUGAUUAUUGAUUCUUAUCUUUUAAAUAUUUAUACGUAUAAUUAAUACUUGGAACUUUGCAAUAAAAAUUAUAUUAGUGUAGAAUAUUAGAUAAUUCACGAGACAUAUUAGAAUCAACGACUUAGAUAUAAGUAAAGAAUUUUAAUUCGUGAUCACUUUGUUCUGCAAUUUGUUGUCUAGUUGUAUUUAGUUGCAUGUACAUGUAAAGUUUAUAAUUUUCUUAGAGUAUAGAACAUUAACAUAUAUAUACCAUAAUUAUGUUUAACUUCGUUUGAAUAUUUUAUAAUGUACUUAUGAUAUUCUGAUUAUAUUAAUUAAACUGCAAAGUCAGUUCUUCUUUGGAAAUUAUCGAAAGUAAUGAUAGAAUUUGUUUGUUUCAUGUAAAAUUUGUCAAUUCAUUUCUAGAAUAAUCUAAGCUGAUCUACACUAGUUUACAGAAUACAAAAAUUUGACUUUUUAAUUAUAUAUAUAAUAUCGUGUUAUAUGAUAAAAUAUAAUUUCAGUUAAAUAUCAUUUGCGAAAUUAUGAUCUACUCCUUUUGUAUCAAAGAUUCAGUGGCGCUACAUAAUUCUAACUAUAAAUAUACAAGAUGUCUCAAGACAGAUUAUAUGAUCAAGUAGGAAGACACUAUAUCGUAUAUGCGAAAGAUGAAGAAGAGAAUAAUGCUUUUUUAUUUCAUGUGUAGUCGAGAAAAUUGAGUUUCAAAAUUCAUGAAGCAUAUAUACGUGCACUCAGUAUCACUUCUAUUUCAAAUCCAAUUUUCUCAAAUAUGUGACUUUAAACAAAGAAAGCAAACUAUAUUCUGCAUUUUCCGUUUUAAGUUAAUUUAUCCUACAUUAUGUUAAGUAAAAUCAUAUUACUUGUGGGGUCAAUAAUUAUAAUAGCCAUAUCUAUUCGACAAAUUUUCGAAUUUAAUUUUCACGAAAACAGUGUCUCAAGUUAAAAAAUUUGUCUUUCUUCAUCUUGAUUCCUAGCUGAUUAUAUCACCCACACUGAGACUCUUCAUGUUUACUAAUUUUUAUUUUUCAAGAACAUUUCUUUAAAAUUUCAAUUUUGUAAAAAGUUCAGUUAUUAAAAUUUAACGUGCCUAAUGAAAUUUUAUAUGAUAUAACAACUUCAUUCUAUAUAUUAUAAAAAAAGUUGUAACUUAAGAUAUUACUAUCACACAAUUUUAUCAAAUAGAAUAUAGUAAGUACUAUUACAGAUCGUUCAAUUUAGUAUCUAUAAGUAAAAAAAACAAUGCCUUUAUGUUCAUGAUUUAUUCCUAGUUACAGCUAGCAAAUUUUAAGUCGAUAAUCCCAGUGUAGCAGUUAGACGUACGUAAAUACAUAUAAUAUAAAGUUGUAACAUGCCAAUAAUGCCUCAAGUACCAAUGACUGUAUGAAACAAACUAUGUAAUAACUAUACAACUAAAUAACAUGUAUACUAAAAUUUACGUUAAUGCGAAUUUAUCAGAACACAAAUGGACAGCAAUAUUUAUUUCAAUUAUGAUGCAUAGCAUUUUAUAACGUUUGUAAAUUGAUAGUAGCAUAAUAACGAACUGUACUAUUCGUCUCCACUAUUUGAAUAUGUUAUUAGCACGAAUAUAUUAUGCACUAAUAAAUUUUUUCUGUAUUCUGAACAUAUGUAUCACCGUACUUCUUAAUAAUAUAUUAAUUGUAGAUUACACGAGUCAAUUAUAAAAAGUAAAUAAAUGGAAUACUUCAUAUAUUUUGUUAA